AUGUGAUUUUUGAGAGCGGGAAGAAUCAUGGGGAGAGCAGGGGCCACCUAAACAGCUUGUGUUCGUUAAAUUGGUCGCUUAUAUUGUCUGAACAUUUAGACAGUAACGUUGCUGGUCACCAGUUUAACCAUGGGAUAUGGAUACCAGUAAUGAAUCAAAGUAACGUAGCAUUAGCUCUUGCUAGGCAGUCAGUUAAGCUUAACGUUAACAGCUACAAACGACUGCCUCUCAACUCUAGGUUAGGUGACAACGUACACAGACAGCAAACAGAUAUUUCUGUGGAGCAGGGACAGGAACAUGGCUACAUCCUCAGUGGAGUACACCAUUGGAGGGGUGAAGAUCAACUUCCCUUGCAAGGCAUACCCAUCCCAGCUGGCUAUGAUGAAUUCCAUCGUACGAGGGCUGAACUAUGGGAACCACUGUUUGCUGGAGAGUCCCACAGGAAGUGGAAAGAGCUUGGCUUUGCUGUGCUCGGCUCUGGGAUGGCAACGUGCUCAGUUUGCUAAACUACAAGAUGGAGGAAGCUUUGUGGAGAACAAGAGCCAGUCAGAUAAAAAGUGUGGAGACUAUAAGAAGUCAGAUGUCGCCACCCCUUGUUGGUGUGUGUGCCACAGCAAUGCCAGCAGUACCACGGCUACAACAGCAGCCACACCUGCUGUUGUGGACCUCACCGUGUCACCCUGCAAAGACACAGCACAGCCGAUACCUCCAGCACCCGAACAUAUGCCGUUAACAGAGGAGUCGCAGCCCAAGGAACAAUCUAUAGCCUCUCGUCUGUCUCAGAAGUUCCAGUCUCUCCUCGGCUCUGGCCGCGAGAAGGACGACGAUUUCCAGCCAGAUAAGAAACGCCUUCGCACUCCUGCUGAACACAAGAGCUGUAAAAGGCCACGUCUGGACCGGGGAGUGAUAUUCAUAGAUGAUGAUGAUGAUGAUGAUGAUGAUGAGCUGGGGCUGAAACAUGAGCCCUCAGGUCCUCAGAGUUGGAGGUCCACAGAGCCAAACAGCCAAGCAGCUGGUUUGUCCUCCUCAUGCUGUUCCCCUGAACCCUGCUCCCGGUGCCCGUGUGCUUCAACCAAAGACGGUGUGAAGGACAAAGACAAAGAUGGCAAAAAGAAGAUUCCUAAGAUCUUCUUUGGCACUCGCACACAUAAACAGAUAACUCAGAUUACCCACGAGCUCAAGCGCACAGUUUACUCCGGUGUGCCCAUGACCAUCUUAUCGAGUAGAAAUCACACCUGUGUCAACUCAGCGGUGGCACCUCAUUCCAACCGCAAUGAACGCUGCAAGGAUCUGCUGGAUGCCAAAGAUGGCAAGUCAUGCCACUACUACCAUGGUGUCCAGAGGAUGCGGGACCAGUGCACUCUACAGCGGGUCCACGGACUCCAUGAUGCCUGGGACAUUGAGGACAUUGUCGCACUGGGCAAACGGCUCCGGUCAUGCUCCUACUAUGCUGCUCGUGAACUUAUGCAGGAUGCCCUAAUCAUCUUCUGCCCGUACAACUACUUGCUGGACCCAAUGAUCAGAGAGAGUAUGGAGAUCGACCUGGCAGGUCAGAUCGUUGUGCUGGACGAGGCCCACAACAUUGAGGACUGUGCGAGGGAGAGUGCCAGCUACACUUUAGACCACAACAGUCUGCUGAUGUCCAGGGACGAGCUCGACGGCAUGGUCAACAGCAAUAUCAGACGAUCCAAACACGAGACACUAAGGAACUUCUGCUAUAGUCUGAUCAACUGGAUCCAGGAGAGCCAAAGCCUGAUGUCUGAACGGGGAUAUGAGAGCGCCUGUAAAGUCUGGAAUGGGAAGGAUAUACUGGGCAUCUUUCAUAACCUGGGCAUCACUGCUGACACCUUCAGCAUCCUUAAGCAAAACUUGGCAGCAGUAUUGGAGAAAGAGGAGCGUGUCGGUUUGGUCAAUGGUAAAGAGGAUAUGGUUCAGAUCCCAACCAUCAGCUCAGCUACCUCCACUGUCCUCAAAAACCUCUUCAUGGUGCUUGGCUUUAUCUACUCCACUGAGGACAACUGCAGGUUUGCUGAGGACUACCGGGUAGCUCUGCAGAAAAGCUAUGCUUGGACAAACCAGGUCCCACCUGAUGCCGCUGAUGCCCAGGGCUUUAUCGUUCGGCCACGCUACAGACAACGCCAGAGCGUUCGAGUCAAGACAGAAGUCCUGACACUCAGCUUCUGGUGCCUUAACCCCGCUGUGGCUUUCUCUAGUUUGAGUAAGUCGGUGCACAGCAUUGUGCUGACAUCAGGAACCCUGUCACCCAUGGGCUCGUUCUCUUCUGAACUUGGGGUGAAAUUCUCCAUCCAGCUGGAGGCCAACCAUGUUAUCAACAAGUCCCAGGUUUGGGUGGGCACUGUUGGUUCAGGACCCCAAGGCAGAAAACUCUGUGCCACCUUCCAACAUACUGAAACGUAUGCCUUCCAGGACGAGGUGGGUGCGCUGAUUCUCCAUGUCUGCCAGGUCGUGGCCAAGGGUGUGCUCUGCUUUUUGCCUUCCUACAAGAUGCUGGACAAGCUGCGAGACCGAUGGACCAACACUGGUCUCUGGGAGAAGCUAGAACAACGGAAAGUUGUGAUCACAGAGCCCCGCGGUGGUGGCAAGGGGGAUUUUGACGAACUGCUUCAGAUGUACUACGAUGCCAUCAAGUGCUGUGAGGAAAGAGAUGGUGCACUGCUGAUUGCUGUCUGUAGGGGUAAAGUGAGUGAAGGACUAGACUUUACUGAUGACAAUGCCAGGGCAGUGGUCACCAUCGGAAUUCCCUUCCCAAACAUCAAAGACCUCCAAGUGGAACUGAAGAUGAAGUACAAUGACCAACACUGCAAAUCCAGAGGUCUUCUCCCAGGCAAUCGUUGGUAUGAGAUUCAGGCCUACAGAGCGCUAAACCAGGCCCUGGGAAGGUGUAUACGCCACAAGAAUGACUGGGGUGCCCUAAUUCUAGUGGACGACCGUUACAGGAAUAAUCCCAAUAAGUACAUCACAGGUCUGUCUAAAUGGGUCCGCCAGCUUGUCCAGCAUCAUGACACCUUCAGCAAUGCCAUGCAGUCUCUGGUAGCGUUCUCUCAGGUGCAACAGAAGGUGGAGGGGGCUCCUGCAGAUAGUCAGACCCUCAGCUCUGCCGUCUCAUCUCCAAACAGUCACUUGUCAGUAACUUUGGAGGGACAGGGUCUGCCCAAUGCCACAGAACCUCAGACACCCCGCUCAUAUGUCAAACUGCCUGAACCCCAGCAGGACACAAGCCCCUCAACCAUCAAGUUUUUUUCUUGUACACAGUUGAAAGCUGACCAAAAUGAAAAAGCAGAAAGAUUGAAUAUGAUGCACAGCCCCUCAGCAGAGCCCCUAUCGCAUCAAAAAAGAACCGCUCAGCCGCUGUACCACAUUUUCACCUCCAGCCCCAUCAGCACCAGCUUCAAGAAGCCAAUAUUUAAAGGAAAAGGGCCCAGUAGUUUCAGCCAGCACUUGAAAACACCUAAUCAUUCGGAGCCCAAUGAGAAACAGCAGAUCUCCUCUCCACAAAAGAAGACUGCGGCAACUUGUCUUAAGCAAGGGGCUGAAGACAGUUCCAGUGAAAUCCAAGUGGAACCACACGAUCUGGCUCUUGAUCCUUCUCCAGUUACAUCUCCUCCCCGCUGUGACAAUCCAGAUGAAGAUGAAGAGGAGGACCAAACUAUCUUCUUUACUCCAGAACUUUUCGAGGGGGAAGGCAACGAAGGCAGUCCACAGAAAGAUGUGAAGACCAAGUCACCUCCCAGGAUGGGUUUAGGGGCAGAGAGCCCUGCCCUGCUGUCAGAAGAACUUUUUGGCUCUGAGCAGGCCCGAGGGCAUGAGCAGGCCUCUGCUUUUGAUGGACAGAUUGCUAUUUCAGUCAGUAAGGAGAGCACAGAGUUGUCACAGGGACAGGAAGAAGAAAUUAUAGAACAGAAGCAAGGUGAGGGGGGAGAGCAGGUGGAUAACCAGAGCAGGCAGACAGGCAGUAGGCUUCGCAGGUUGUCCAGGUCCAGGCAGAAAGCUCCCUCCACUCCAUCAGGUGGAUGCUAUGAAGCCAAGAGUGUAGGGAGAGCCUGUCUUCAGAAGAUUGAGACUAGGAGCAGCCAGAGGAGGACUCACAGGGCCAGAGCAGAUUAUGAGUCAAAAGCAAUGAAGCCGGGUUUGAAGAGCAGACCAUCCAAAGCCAGACCUGUCAGAGUACACAGCUCAAAAAAAGACAUUGUUCAAGAGAAUGCUUAUCAGUCACAUUUCUUGCCACAGGUUCAGGAUGACAGCUGGAUUACCUGCCAGCAGACAGAGCUAAUCUUGAAACCAAGUGUAAAUGACAGAGUGACUGAGUCAGGAGAGUCCUCUGUGGGUGUGAGGGAACACAAAGCUCUUAAAAAAGUGCCUACCACACCUGGUCGUUCCACAAGGCUUGAGUUUGACAUUGUGUCUCCCAAAAAAAAGAAGACAUAGGGGGUCUGCAAGAAGCUGGAGCAGCAGGAUGUAGUCCUACUCGUCCAGCAGAGGAUGGUCUAGGAAGUCAGCACACAAAACCAAAAGCUAUAAACAUACAGAGAUCUUGCAAGCAGGCGCGCAGAAGAUUUAACAAUACCUCUACAAAAAGAAAGAGAGUCAAAGACCAAAAGCCAUGCUAUUUGGGACUCUACUGUUCUAUGUGUGAAAAGGAACUACUUCCUGUGGCACAUGGUGCACUACGACGUGCUGUUUGUGAAUUAGACCAUCUAGCUUUUCUGAGAAAAGACAGUUUUAGUCCUGCAGCAACGACCCGCCGCUGCCAGUGUGCACCACAUCAGCCAUCAACUUCAGACAACUCAGGCUCACUGCUGGUAGUCCAAAGUCUCGCAUCACUGAUGGCGCUAAGGACUGCUCUGCAACCCUACUGUGAUAACAGUUUAACUGCAUAUAAUGCCAUCUGGAAUCCUGAGGAGGGCUCUGUUACCAGAUUUCUGCAGUGCAAAGGCUGUUUGUCUCAAAGCCCCUUUCUGUCUGCAGCUUUAAUUGCAGCAGAGAUCCAGUGCCCUCCAGACAUGGCUCAAGAUCAGAUAUGGUUGGCCCCAGCAGCAGUCCAGUUCUGCUCUCUCAUCCAUAUUAAAAGCUGAAGCUUUAACAGGACCAGAGUGAAGAGAUUACUAAUGGUAGUAUAGAUGUGUAUACAUUCAUAUUUUUUUGUGCCAUCAUUUUUGUUACAGCCACAUUUAGAAUAUAACAUAUAUGUAAAUCAGUUUACUAAGUCUUAUGUUGUCAGUAAUGUUCAAAUAAAUGACAUCCCAA